ACCACCCGAGCAAGGAGAACGACGGGAGAAGCAAGGAACGGGCAGGCCUGUGCGCUAACAGGUGCAAGUGCGACCUGUCGUGGCCAAGUCGAGGUCUCUCUGACGCCGCUGCUAGGAGGAUUGAUUGAGACUUCGGGGGCCGCAGGUCAUCUUGGUCGCCCCGGGGGCGGCCGAUUCUUCUCUCCUGCCUGCACUUGCAUCCGACACCGCUGCUCCCAGCCACAGGUGGUGCGCAGAGGGAUGAUCCACCAGAUGAUGGGGUAGAGAUGCGACGACAAAAGCGCAGAAAAUUGCCAAAUCCGUGCUAGCAGGCCGCUAGCAGCUUUGUCUCUCCGACAGCCCCUUGUGAGAGGAAACAACGCAAAAAAAGAGGAGGAGGAAUAGCACACCUUCACAAUGCUGCCCACAAACGUGAUGUACUUCAUGAAGAAGAUGGUGACAACGACCGAGACCGAGUCGAGUGGGUCUGCCACCGGAGGCGAUACAACCGGCACCACUCUCAGCAAACUCCGGCAGACUUUAUCUUCUGGCCUCAUGUCAGCGCAGGAAACUGUGACCAAGCUGUCACCUACCCGCCAGUCGAUGACACCUGACGCGGCGGCAGUGGCUGCCCUUGCCAUGGCGGCGCCCAACUUGAAUUCCUCGAUCAGCCAGCUGGAAUUAUUAAAGACUGAACAGACCAAAAAUCAACAGAAUAAACUGGAGCAGCUGGGGCGACCACGUUCUGGGGCUUGUCGCGUGUGCCUGAAGAGUUUCAAAACUGAGGAUUUCUUUAGAAUUUGCUGUGAAUGCACUCAGAAAGUGUGUGAGGACUGUGCCUCGUAUUCUAAAAACGAAGAGGGCCUAGAAGAUAACAAGUGGCGAUGCAGCAUUUGUCGGCGCCGCACGCAAGGCCGUGGGCAAACGCAGCGAACGGCGUCGGCGAGCGGCGCCCUCGGCCUCCAGAGCGAAAAUUCGGCGGGCGACCUGCUGGAGCUGCCAGGCGGUCUUCAGCGGCGCCACUCGGACGUCAAGAUCGGUGCCGGUCAGAAGACCGAGGCCAACAACACCAAGGUGCUGGACAUCCCGCGGUCGCCGGAGCUGCGACGCCACUCGGACGUGUCGCCGGCGUCGCUUCGGGAGCUGGAAAAGGUGGCCGGGGAGCACAGAGAGGAGCUGCGCUGGGAACGCGAGAUGGAAUGGCGCGCCGAACAGCAACAGGGUCGUCUAGUGCAGCGCCGCGGCGGCGCCAAAUUCAUCGUCGGCGACGAUCCCAAAUCUUCAGAGAGCUCCAUUGAUGAUGACACCAUGACUGAGGAAGAGGCAGAGUGGCGACGUCAGCAGUCCCAGCGAGGCGGUAAAGGAGGUGGUUUCGGAGGACAGUCGCCGCGGCGCCGAUCCAGGGCGAUGCAGCGCCAACGCAGCUACGAUGACGAGGACCAAACACUCAGUGCACAGCCGCAGUACGAACUUUCUCGGAGAGCGUCUGCGUAUGACGUUUACCAGACGGCAGGAAUGGCCAAGGUAGGUCCAAAGAUGGUAGAGGCGGGAGACAGUGGAGGUGGAAGAAGACCUUCAUUCCGAGUUUCCAGCACGAACGGAACGACGGAGUCUGGAAAAAGUGGUUUUGACAGUUCACCUUCUGACAACCGGCGGUUCCAGCAGGACGAGAUGUCCGGCGGCGGGUUGGGCGUGGAGGACGACGGGCGAAGAGGUCGUCGACGCAGCUCCGCAAUCGAGGGAAUGCGGGCGCUGCCUGCGACGCCGGCAGCCGGCGAGCGACGCGUGAGCGCCGUCCCGUCCCGCAUCAUGGGCGGCCCCGAAGUGGACAGUGCAGGCGAGCCGAUUCGGCGACAGGCGUCGGUCACCGCUGGCGAGGACAUCAAAAUCGUCAUCCACGACGUCGAUUCGGAAGCGGCCAUGUCGCGACCAGGGACCAAAAGGAGGGUGAUGCUCCGUCGAGAUCCUUCUGACAAGGCGCACCGAACACGAGGCUUCGGAUUUAGGGUUGUUGGAGGCAAGAGCGGCUCCGACGGCCGACUUUUCGCCUACAUCGUCUGGACAGUGCCUCAGGGCCCUGCGGAUCAGGCUGGCCUGGUUCAGGGUGAUAGGGUGCUGGAAUGGAACGGCGUCUCGCUCAUCGAUAAGAGCUUCGAAGAGGUGUGCGCCGUGAUGGACAGAACGGGAGACGCCGCGGACAUCGUCAUUGAACACUUUCCGGACAUGCGGAUGACAGACCUGCUGGAUGACAUCAGUAUGGCAGCAGCUGCCGCGGCCGGUCCCCGGAAAAGCGCCUCUGACGUCAUGGGGCUGCAAUUAGAUAACGAGCAGGAUAAAGGGCCCACUUCACCUACCAGGAGGAAACUGCCAAAAACACCGGAGCAGCUCGCGCGCGAGAAGACCGUGAGUGGUCGGGUUCAGAUCCACGUCUGGUAUGUGGAGGAAAAGAGGGAGCUGGUGGUGUCCGUGCUGGCUGCGGACGAUCUGGCGCCAAGAGAUGACACUGGCUACGGCAGCCAACCUGAGGCCUACGUCAGACUUCAAGUCACAAAUUUGAAGGAGCCCAAGACACUCAAGACUGAUGUGGCAGAGCCAACUCAUAACCCCAUCUGGAACGCGACGUUCGAGAUCCCUAACGUUCCAGCGGAGAGCCUCAUGAAAAUGAACAUUGACAUUUCCAUGUGGGACUACUGCCCUGACAGAGAUAGCCAAUUUCUAGGAGAGUGCACGGUGGAGCUGCAAAAAGCGUUUCUCGAGGACAGACCCAAUUGGUACCGCCUCGAGGACCAGCGCCAGCUGCGAUUCAAGUCGCCUCAUGUGUCCCCGAGGGGCUCGCUGGCCAACCCUGGCACUGCGGCCAGGGAAAUUGCUCAAAGGCUGCUGAGGAGGGGCGACUUUACACAACAACGCUCUUACUCAGAUGACAAAGACGAUGAGACUGCCGGAAACGUUUCGCACUCGUCGAGCGUGGAAUCAGGACUCCUGCACCCUGACCAUGCCUACGUUGGAGGGUCACGCCGUGGAUCAUCCCAGUCGGAAACCCUGGAGGUGGACACUUAUCAGCUUGGCAGAGACUUUUCCAGGUCUUUGCCUGGCUCGAGAAGAAGCUCCUUCCAAAACUCAGAGACUCAAAAAGAGGAACUGGGUGUGGGUUACAGCAGGGAGCGGCGACGCAGUUCCAGUUCUCGGGGUGGCGCCGUCAUGGGCCACUACGAGCAGAGGGAGGAACUGAUGAUUGGUACCAAGGCAGGCGUGGAGUCUUCAGGUGCAGGUUUAUCCAGAACCCUGAGCUUAAGCCAAGACAAAAAGCCAGCGCGAAGACCUUCUCGCUACGCCCAUGACAUUCUAACAGGGGCAGCUGCAGUUUUAAGUCGGCUCGAUCACCCGGAGCGGAGGAAGAGCUAUCGCAGAAAAUCGUCCGUUGGGGGGCCUAAGAAUUUCGAGGGCAACGCUGAAGGCGACACACUCAUUCUCGGGCCGGGGCAGAUCAGACCAAGGGGCUUUAUGAUCGCUCAGUUGGCUGGAAAUUUGCCUGCAGGUGGAUACGGCGAGAUAAAAAUUGCUCUGCUAAUGACCAAGGGGCAGCUUGAGCUGGAAAUCGUCUGUGCCAAAGGCCUGAACGCAAUAAGCAGAGGAGAUUCAGCCCCAGAUACAUAUGUGAAGUCCUAUCUAAAGGACGGCGACCGGUGGCUUCAAAAGCGCAAGACGAGGGUCUGCCGCUCCAGCUACGACCCCGUUUACAACCAGAAACUUCGCUACAACGCGUGUGACGUCCUGGGCCGAGUGCUGAUCAUUAUGCUCUGGGAGCGCCAGAAGGGCUUCGAGAGCAACCAGGGCCUCGGCGGCGCCGAGAUCGCCCUCGACAAACUGCAGCUGACCAACGCGACCAACGCUUGGUACCCCAUUUUCCCGAUGAACUCGCUCAACGGUCUCGACGAGCCGCUCAUCGACUCGCCGUGAACGCUGGGCGCGCUCUAAAAAAAUAUCAAUCUUCUCUUGAGCAGCAAAAUAAUCAAACGUGUUUUCCAUGAUUGUUGAAAAAAAUAAUUUUUUCUGGGUAGAAAGCAGUCGAAAGUGGAAGAAUGUUGUUGUCGUAGCGAAGCAGCCUGAAUGAGCUGUGCUCUGUUUUUGCUUCACUGGUGGCUAUUGAAUUUAAGAAAUUCGGUCCGAAAUAUUUUGUUCACAGGCUGUUGAUUCAGCUUUUCAUGUAAGUAUUUUCGAAAUGAGAUGAACCUGUCGACUCCGAGUGUAUAGAAACAAAAUAUUGUGAUAGAAUUUUGUGACAAAUUUCCCAAAUGUUAUUUUCACCUUCCUCUUGAAAAGCUUUUCUAAAAUGUUUAUAUAUUUGUGUGGGCCUUUUUCAACGUUUUCUCAUGGCGUGUAUUUUAACUCAAACAAAGUUCAAGAAGUAGUGUUGUUGUUAGAUUUCAAUGAUCUCUUUAAAAGUGGAAAAGUGUGUUGAAGUAACUAGCGGAAUAGUAGCAUUCGGUGUGGUAGAAAUGAGCUCGGUGUUGAAUCCUCUCCCUCAAAUCACCCCUGUUCCAUUUUAUGUAUAAUACAAAGGGGUGCACUUACGGUUGAUGCUCAGGGAGUUGUAACAAAGCGAUGAAAUUCCGGUCUAAAAGUUCUCUGAUCUUCCUUCCAAUUUGAUAUUGUUUGCAUUUUUUACAUUUAAAACGGCUGUUUGUGUUCACGCAAUUUUGGAAGCUUUGAUAAAAUACAGCCAUGUUUGAUUGUUUUCUACUAAACUGCCACACAAUUACUCAUCUAUAAUAAUUUCACUUAGCAUUAUCUCAAUCAUUGCAAAUGCUUUUGGUGUCAAAAAUUUAAUUAUAUGAAUGACAAUCUCUUCGAAUCCUUUCAUGCUAAAUCAAAACAAUAAUAAAACGAUGACUUAUAUCAAGGAAAAAUCGCACCGUUAAUAAUUGCUCACUUUCUUUUUGGUCAUUCCGUGUUCUUUGGAUUUUUUUAAACAAUUAGUAUCAAAAUCAAUUUAUUUUAAUAUUGGAGUUUUGUUCCUGAAAAUUGUAAAAACUCGAAGAAAAAUGUAGCUUAAUUCUUAGUGAGCUUUCCUUUUAUCCAUAUAAUUAUAUGGAAACAAAAUAAUUUUUCUUUCAGUUCCUUCAUAUAAGGGAUAUGAAAUUAGAAAAAUUUUUUUUUUUAAAUAUUUCCUUAAUUAAAAAUUGGUUUAACCAACAAAGAAAUUUUCACUUCAGUGGACGCUCUCAAUCUCAUAAAGAAAAUUCCAGACAGUAGGCAUCAGCAGGCCACUGUUUAGAUAAAAAAUUCAUCAAGCCACUCUAGCAUGUAAAAUUACAAAAGUUCUUCCUAACAAAAUAUCAUUUACCUGAGCUAAAAUUCUGAAAUCAAUGAUUUUUUAAUUAAUAUUCAUUUGUUCUAAUUUUUACUGCAUUUCGAAAUUUUAUUCACAUUGCAAUUCAUAUCUAGGUAGGGACGAUUUAAAAAAAAAGUGACUUAACUUACUUUAAAUAACCAAGGGUGCUUUUCUUUUUACCUGGGAGAUAUAUUUCCAAUUUGAUCGAAUUUUUACCGCAAAUACUUUGGAAAGAGAGGGGGUUUUUAUUCAGGUCAGUGGAAUUAUUCGCUUAAAAUUUUAAUGAUAUUGACAAAAUUUUGAAUUACUAAAUUGCGAAAUUAUUUGAUCUACAGGAAAUCAUAUCUAGAGGCUAACCAGAAAAAUAGGAAAUACUCUUGGUCGUUUAAAUUAAACUGCUGGUGUUGUGAUUAUUUUUUCUUUUAUAUCAAUUUAUAAUUGUUUAGAAACAAAGCAAAAAUUUUUAUCGCUUUACGUUUUUGAUGAUGUUACAAAAUAAUGCUUCACGUGAUGAAUAAAAAUUAUCUCUCUCGAUAUGUGAUAUUCAACUCUUUAAAAACGACAAACGUGGAAUUUCCAACACUCAAAAUGAUUGCUACUUCUGCUGUUGUCUCAUUGGUGUAUGUCAAACACGCGUUUCCGUAUCAUUUUCCGCUCUUCUACGUGCGCAGAUAAAAAAUAAAAAAAUAAUGCACAUUCUCGUGUGACUCGGCAUGAUGGUGAUAAGCAUACAAAUCUCUGUUAUCUCUCUUGUAAAUGAAAAAAAAACACGAUUCAAUGAGUAGAUCUAUGGGUUGUAUGUUGUGGAAUAUUCAUAUCCUUGCGUCUACAAAAAGCCAAACUGAAAAAACGUACAUUUCUCUUCAUAUACAUACAUGUAAAAUACGGUUCUUUAAAGACAAAAAUGUUAAGAGACGAAGAAUUAAAUAUUUUUUAUCUCUAUCUGAUACAUCUCAUGUUCUGCAAAGACGUUGUACUCAUCCUUUUUAACGGCCUAUAUUUGCGAAAAGAGUGCACAAAAAUCUAUUAUUGUAUAUCAAAUUAUUGUGGGGAAAAAGUAGAUCUCAAGUCGGUGUUAUGAAUAUUGCUGUUGAAAAGAAAUUAUAUAUAAAUCUACGAAAAAGUUGUUGUUUUUGCCGUUUUGUCUCUCUGAAUACUAAAAAAAGGAGUACUACUAAAAAGGAAGUCGCUGACGCGCGUGUAUGCAAAAUUAAUAGGCACAAGAAUCGAUUGGAAAUAAUUAAACGAGGAAGUAUCUCUAAUGAAUGUUAUCUCUGUAGAAAAUAGGCUUUAAAAACAAUUUAUUGUAAUUGGAAAAUAUAAAUGAGAAACAAACACACUAAAAACGAUUCCAUUAAGAAAUAGUUUCAAUUUCACUUAUACAAGGAAAUCUAGUGUUAAGGUUAUACAUAGUACAUGGUAUGGAAAAAUAAUAGCCAGAAAACAUAUUGUUGUGAGAGAGUGAAUUGAAUUCUAAAAUGUGAAUCAAAAUAAAUCAAAA